UCCAAGAUGGCGGAUUUGCCAGUGGUGGUGCCCGUUUCUAAGGGAGAGAAAACCCGGCCUGGCUCCGUCUCUAGAGUCUCCCCGGCCCGGUUCUUUUGCACGGCGGGUCGCGGGAUGGAGCCCUUCUUGCUGAGGGAAGUGCGGACGCGGCUAGAUGCCACGGAGGUAGAAUAUGUAUCAGGAAAAGUUUUCUUCACAACUGGCGCUGACUUGGAGACGUUGAAGAAGUUGAAGUCUGCUGAGCGGUUAUUUCUGCUGCUGGACAAAUACCCUCCACUUGCAGUCUCCAGAAACAAAGGCAAAGUGGUCCAUGAUAUUCAGAAUCUUGUAAAAGAGAAUCCCAUCUGUUGGCUGGAUAUUGUUGCUUUUUGGAAACGUCUUCACGAUCAGGACUCAAACCCAGAAGUCUUGCCUCAGAAAUGUCCAGAUUCCCAAAAACGGAAAUUGGAAGAUGAGAGAUAUAUCAACAGUAAAAAACAGAAGAGUGAACCUGUACUAGAGAGCAUUCCUGCAGAAGGUCAAAUUGAAAACCAGCCAAGAUGUGAUAUAUCAGAGGCUCAUAAGCAGAGUGUCGUGUCCCAGGUCUCACCUUUUAUAGAAACAUCUUCUGAACAUCUCCAAGAAAAGCCUCUUGAGAGCAACAGCUGCUUCAGUUUCAGAGUAUCUUGUCGCUGUAGUGGGCUGCUUGCGAAAACAUUUACGGCACAGGAGAUGGGAAGAAUAAUUGGAAUAGCUCUUAUGAAAAAUUUUGGAUGGAAAGCCGAUUUGAGACGUCCUGAUAUUGAGAUCUUUGUGCAUCUAAAUGAUAUUUACUGUAUCAUUGGGAUACCAGUUUUUAGACUUCCCCUGUCAAACAGAGCAUAUAUCAGAACUGUUGGGUUGCGAUCCACCAUUGCUUGGGCUAUGGUGUCCCUCGCUGAAAUCAAGGCCGGUGCAUUUGUGUUGGAUCCUACCUGUGGUCUAGGAACAAUACUUUUGGAAGCUGCAAUGGAGUGGCCUGAUGUAAAUUACUUGGGGGCUGACAUAAGUGAUGCGCAGUUGCAAGGAGCCUACACAAAUAUUAAAGCAGCAAAUUUAAUGGAUAAGAUUCAGUUACUGAAAGCUUCUGUGACAGCAUUGCCAUUGCCUUCAGAAAGCAUCGAUGUUGUUUUGGCGGACAUCCCCUUUGGAAAAAAGUUCAAAAUAACCAAAGACAUGAAGUUGUUGCCAGAUGUUUUUCAAGAACUUGAAAGGGUACUCUGUGCUGGGGGAACUCUGGUGCUGUUACUUAGUCGAGAGCUGUAUAAGUGCCUUUCUCAUGGCAUUACCAGUGGUCCUGAAUCUGAGAAUCAUAUCUCUGUAGAAGCUGCUAAUGAUUGCACCCAGACUGCCAUGAUAUCAAUCGAGUCAAAUCCCAAAGACAAAAGCCCUUGCCUUGAGGCAGUUUCUCCAUCAGCUCAGAAUGAAGUGAAAGAGCCCAUCACCAAUCAUCCUAGGACAGCUUUUGGCUCUCUGGUGCUAGAAGAAUCCUUUGAAGUUAGUCUUGGUAAAACAGACGCAUUUAUAUGCAAGUAUAAGAAACCAAUUGCAAACCCUACAAGGAGGUAACAGCACCAGACAAGAGGGCAUCGAAUGGCCUGGAUCAUGCUCUAAAAUCAUAUGGAGCCAGGAAAGCGAGGCAUGGGUGAAUCUGAGCCUAGCAGUCAAUGGUACACUACCUCACACAGUGCAAAUGGUUCCUGAAGGCUUAUCAAGUCUUGCCUGAAACCACAGAAAGGUCUUGUUGGUGGAGUUGUCCUCAGCUAAAACUUGAAAACAACAAGACACAAGAUUUGAGAUCAACCAAAGAUACAGAAUUCUGGUGAAUGUACCCAAAUGAGAGAGUGUUGGCAGUAGUAGGAUAUUUCUACUAUUGUGGUGGCGCAAUGGGUUGAACCCUUGUACUGCUGAACUGUUGAUCUGAAGGUUGGCAGUUCAAAUCCGAAGGACAGAGUGAGCUCCUGCUGUUAGCCCUAGCUCCUGCCAAACUAGCAGUUCGAAACAUGCAAAUGAGAGCAGAUAGGUACCACUUUGGUAGGAAAAGGCAAAAGGUGCUCCAAGCAAUCAUGCCAGCCACACAACCAGGAGGUGUCUAUGGACACAGGAUCCUCGGCUUGGAAAUGGAGAAAGAGCACCUCCCUCAGAGCUGGAGACAAGCAUUGCCUCCAGAGCCAAAAAUGAAAUGAAAUGGAGAAGCUUUUGCCUUUGUUUAUUUGUGUCUCACUGUAUGUCAUGUAACAAGGCAUUGAAUGUUUGCCUGUGUUUGUUCAUGUACUGCAAUCCUCUCUGAGUCCCCUCAGGGAGAAGGACGGAAUAUAAAUAAAGUAUUGUUACUAUUACUAUGUUUUGUAGAUUUUUUAAUUGUAAAGGCUAUUUAAGGUUGUGAGAUGCUUUGGGUCUCAAAUCCUGAGAUAAAAGAGGAAUAGUAGUAGUAGUAAUGCCACCAAUAGUCUAAUUUGAUAUAAGGCAUGGUGAUUGCAUCUGGAUGUCUGAAAAAGAUACGUUAGAUUCUAAGGCCACGAUAUAUUUUCCCUUCCUUAAACCCUGUGGCCUUCGAAUCUAACGUAUCUUUUUCAGACAUCCAGAUGCAAUCAGCAUUGUAGUGGCACAGAAAUAGUCCUUAUCGCAGUUAAAGAAAGGCUUUUGACUCCAGAUACACAGAUAGAAUUAGUCAUCUAAAGACAGAUUUGGCUAGUGCAGAUUACAGCCUUUGGGUUAGCUAUUAGUGAGACUCUUUUGUACCAGUAACAAGUGCCAAGAAGCAGAGGUUAUCCAACAUAUCACUUACGUUGGAGCAUGCAAGCAAUCAGUGUGUGUGUGUGUGUGUGUGUGAACUGUAAAAUAAGAUGCAUGAAGCUGAUUGGUUGGACAAUGCAUGAGGUGAUGGCUGAGCCUGGAACUUUUGGAUACUGUUGCUUUUUUGUUCAGUCUCGAACUAUGCACGUGUGGAGAGAGAUGAAGAGAGAAGCAGAGAGAGAGUGACUGAAUUGGCUUCUUGGCUGCUGAAAGAAAGUCUCUCACAUGGACAAAGAAAGGACCAUUUUAAAUCUCUCGAAAAGGACAUUUAGUGAGUUAAUGCAACCGAUCGUAUUAUAUGUAUUAUCGA